GCUAUUGUAGACGAGCCUUUAGAGUUUCUACAUCGACGUAAGGAAGACGUGUAAACGGACGCAGUGUAAAUAUGACAAUAAUACCAAUAUAAAAAUUGAACAUCUUAACUUGAUUGUAAAAUUGAUUUAUGUCAUGAAAAUUGUAAUACGGGGUCCGAGAUCAAGCAAAUGAUUUGGUGGUGUUAAAUUCAACAAAUAUGGAGAAUUAUGCAGGAAGAAGGACACAAGAAAUACAACCUAUGGCUGAUAAUAAUAGUAAUAACAGAAUUUAUUGGGAUGAGGAUAUGACAAAAUUAUUAUUGCAAGAAAUUAGUGUAUGCAUAAAUUCCUUUGGUCAUCAAGUAUACAAAACUGUUUGGAAGUCUAUUGCAAAUGAUAUUAAUAUAAAAGCAUACAAUGUCAGUGCCGAUCAUUGCAACAAUAAAUGGAGAAGCUUAAAGAAAAGAUAUAAAUCUAUCAAAGAUAAUAAUAAGCAAUCUGGUGCUGAUAGACAAUACUGGAUUCACUAUGACGCCAUCGAUGACAUUCUUAAGAAACAUCCAGAAAUAACACCACUGUCUGUUGCGUCCAGCACUAAUGGUUUUCGAAUAACUGGAAAUUUAGAUAUAGAUGAGGAUAAUGAAAAUAAUUGUGAAGAAAUACCUUCAUGUAGUAAUCGAACAAAUAGGCUUGGUAAGAUCAGAAAACAUAAAAAUAUGAAUGAGCCUUACUGUGCACAACUGAGAUUAUAGCGUGAAAGACAUCACAAAGAAAUAAUGGCACAAAGAGAAAAAUUCUUAUCUAUUUUACAAAAACAGAA